AUGAAGAUACACAUCAUUCUUCGUUAUUGGGGAUGUGUUGAAACCAGCGACCAAUUGUUUUUGGAAACCCUUGGGCCCUUUGGGUGCAGCGUGUUGCCCUGUGCAGGCUUCGUGGUGCCCAUUGCGACCCGUGUGGUGCAGCCGGCACCAGGGCUUCCACUUCAGGUACCUCGCCUUUCGGUGGCGCCUAGAGGGUCCCGCCACAGCGCCACAGUGCCCUUGCUGGCGGCGGGGGUCAUCGGCCUGGUUCAGGCCAACAGCUCCAGACGCCGUGCCGUGCGCGGUCCCUCGCGCGGGCGGCUCCAUGCGCUGCCGGCCACCGUGCCGCCAGCGGCCGCCAGUAGCGUCAUCGUCAUGCCAGAUGCUGACGCAGUGGCUUCCAACUUGUGCAAGCAGGUGGCGAAAGCCUGCAAAGACGCGGUGGCAGAGCGGGGGGCCUUUGCUCUGGCCAUUCCGGGCGGCUCCAUUUUGAAGAUGUUGGCCGGCGGCACUGCGGAGUUGGAAGGGAUCGAGUGGGACAAGGGCGUCAUGGCAUACGUCAACCACAAGUGCGUCAGCAACGACGAUGCGGCCGCCACACACAAGAAGGUGCGCCCUUUCUACUCGUUGAAGAGCGCGGGGUGUGCAACCAGUGUGCAACUAAGCUGGCCCGGUUUGAAGGUCAUCACCAUGGGCGGCUCCGGGGAGGGCGAGGCGGAAGCUCAGCGCUACGAGGCCGAGCUCAAAGCCCUGCCGGAGACCACGCUGCCGCGGACAGAUGGGAUGCCCGUUUUUGACAUUUGUCUCAUCGGUGUGGGAGAUGAUGGACACUUUGGGUCACUGUACCCGGGGCGCCAGGAGAUUGCAGAUGAAUCCGGUCGCUGGGUUCUGCCAGUCGAUAUGAAAUCUCCGCCCAGCAUCACUUUGUCGCCCAAAGCGAUGAUGGCGGCUAAGACGGUGCUGGUCGCUUCGGCGGGCGUCUCGGAGAAGUAUCCCAUGGGCAAGUCAGAGGCCAUGAAGACGGCCAUCGAAGGCAUGGAAGGGCCACAGGCUUUUCCAGCACAGGUGUUGAGAUCCACAGCAACGUGGCUGCUGGAUGAGGCCGCAGCCUCCAAGCUGAGUCGGGGAACCAGGAGGAUCCCCAAAUUGACCAACCGAAUCGGUUGUAACAAUCAAUCAAUCAACCAACCAACCAACCAAUCAAUCAAUCAAUCAAUCAAUCAAUCAAUAAUCAAUCCAUAUGGCUGGUGUAUGACAUUGCUUUCACAACAUUUUAAUGUUUGCACUUGUCGUUUGUGA